AUGCCAAAGGAAUCAUCACGUGGUUGUUUGAGAAAAGACGCAAAAUCAAUAGAUACUCCUACUACCACCUGCUUGAACUUUCGAUCAACGAGUCGAUCGAGUCUAUGCCCUUGUUGUUUCGCACGAAAUCUCUCCUCGUGUCCACAUGCGUCAAGUAUUAGUCAGUUUUUAGAACUUCGCAAAGAAAAACCAUAUCCAGCGCUCCCGAAAGAAUUCAGACUUCUAUUUCUACAGCUGUCUGAUCAAGAAAAGUCGCAGCUUGAACAGCAGUUUGAUCGUUUUCAAACUCAUUUCACAAAUACUUUUGGAAGAUAUGAAAACGUCAAGAGGAAAAGAAAAGUGUUUAUGAGCUCUCUUACACAAUUUCUGAAUCGCAGUUUGAAAGAGUUUGGAUUGAAUGUUAAAAUUGUAAUGCAACAAGUGCAUCUUUCCAAAAAGAAUCAAGAUUCCAAGACUCACCUCUUAAAACAAAUGUCAUCCAUGCAAGCGUUUGACAAUUUGACAAGUACUGAAACCAGGCAAGAAGAGGAAGAGGAUGCAAUGAGUGAUGGUGAUGAGGACAAGGACGACCUUGGAGAAGACAAAGACGACAUACAAGUUGGAGAUUGUAAUUCUGAAUCCUCUUUUGAAAGGAUUGAGAAUGACAGUUUCAUUGAUCCCAGGUCCGAUCUUGUCAUUGAAACUCAACCAUCAUCGUCCACUCAGCCAAGAGACAUUUGUUUCAAGAUUCAAAAGGAAGGUUGCGAUCACAUGGUAUUUCAUCCAUUGAUUCCCAAGUUGAGUUUCAAGACUCUCGAUUCAUUGAAGAAGGAAGUCAAACAGCAAUGUAAUUUCAAGGAGAGUGCUUUUUCAUUAUGUUACAAGAGAGAUGGUGUUCUUUCAUGUUUAAGCUCGGAUCGUUUGGUAGAAUCCAUGUAUCGAUGGGUUGAAAAGAAACUCGAACAGAAUGUCGAGUGUGAAUUCGAAAUGAUUGUGUCAUUGGUCGACUAA